UGAGUCCGUGGGCCCCACGAGCAGGAGGAGGAGGAGGCUCCUCCUGCUCCUCCUGCCCGUCCGUCACGACUUGCUGCUCGGGCGCUCGUCGCCGGCGCAGAUCCGUUGGUGGCUCCAUCUUCGUCUUCCUCUCUCACUCCCCGAGCCGCUCUCGCUCUGCGCGCCGCCUGCAGGAGGGACGGGGGGGGGUUGGUCGCUUCCAUGAUCUUCCGAACGAGGUCAGAGGCGAGGGUCCGCCUUGAGUUGCACCCAGGACUCUCGGAGGGAGGAUCGUGGGGCGUGAAAUAAGAGAGUUGGAGAACGAGGAGGAGGAGAAGGGAAGAGGAAGAGGAGAAAGGCAACCACGACCAUGCACGGAACUCGGGAUGGAACCCGUAGCAAGGAGAAGAGACGGCCCAAGCUGGACAUGGUGUUUGUGAGGAGGUUUGGAAAGUAUGGAUCGAUCCUUUUUCCACACGUCACGUCUACAAGCUCCCUCAUGUUUGCCACGCUGUUGGUCAUCGGCCUACUCGGGCAGCUGGUUAUUUAUCAGGUGGGCGUCAUCCCAAGCCAAUUCUACGAGAUCCUGGGCAGCAAAGACUUUCCUAAGUUCAAGGGGCUGGUCGCCAUCGCUGUUAUCCUUAUUGCUAUUAACUCUUUCCUGAAGAGCUGUGACCAGUACGUGUCGAGCCUUCUGUACCUCACCUGGAGACGAAGUGUCACCGAGCACCUGCACGAUCUCUACUUCCGCGGACGGGCCUACUAUAGGCUCAACACGCUGCAGGAUGCUCUCGACAACCCGGAUCAGAGAAUCAGCCAGGAUGUGGAGAGGUUCUGCAAGCAGCUCAGCCUGAUGGCCAGCAAGUUGCUGAUGUCGCCGUUCACUCUGUGCUACUAUACAUAUCAGUGCUUCAUCAGCACAGGCUGGAUCGGCCCCGUGAGCGUGUUCGCCUACUUCCUCGUGGGCACGGUGACCAACAAGCUGCUCAUGGGGCCAAUCAUCUCCACUCUCGUCGCUCAGGAGAAGAUGGAGGGAGACUUCCGGUUUAAGCACAUGGAGAUCCGAGUGAAUGCUGAAUCGGCUGCUUUUUACAGGGCCGGGAGAGUGGAGCACACUCGCACCAAUGCCCGCCUACACCGCCUUCUCAGCACCCAACAGACGCUCAUGAACAAGGAGUUCUGGUUGUACCUGGCAGUGAAUAUGUUUGACUACAUGGGCAGCAUCCUAAGUUACGUCGUCAUCGCCAUCCCAAUUUUUGCCGGCGUCUACGACCACCUGAGCCCCUCCGAGCUCAGCGCACUCGUCAGCAAGAAUGCUUUCGUAUGCAUCUACCUCAUCAAUUGCUUCAGCCAGCUGAUCGACCUGUCUAGCAAGCUGUCAGAUGUGGCUGGAUACACGCACAGGAUUGGAGAGCUGCAAGAGGUAUUGCUGGAGCCGACAGAUGCCCCCCACGAUAAGUGGGAUCCAACCCGGGAGGCAUCAUGGGAUUUUGAGAGCUGUCAGUGUGAGAGAUGCAACACGGAGGGGAUGGAGGCAAGGUCCCUGGCAAGCGUCACUAAGCUGAGCGUCAUUGAACCGUGGGACGAGGUGGCGAAGGACGCCUUUGUGCUAGACCGCGUGUCCUACAGCACUCCCUCUAGCACCGAAGCUCUCGUGCGGGACCUGUCUCUCCAGCUCGCCUGGGGCCAGAACAUCCUGGUGGUGGGAAACACGGGCACGGGGAAAACCACUCUCCUGCGUGUGCUCAACGGCCUAUGGCCUACCCUAAAAGGCUCUGUCCACAUGAGGACCUGCUUUGGGCCACGGGGAAUUCUCUUCUUGCCGCAGAAGCCUUACUUCACUGAUGGGACCCUCCGUGAGCAGGUCAUUUACCCAUUGAAGGAGAUGUACCCUGUUACUGAAGAUUUUGAUGACAAGAGGAUUUUACACUUUCUGGACUGCGUCGGGAUGUCGACCCUCCUGGAUAGGACUGGUGGCCUUGACCAAGAAGUGGACUGGAGCUGGUCCGAUGCCCUUUCUCCUGGAGAGAUGCAGAGACUGACUUUCGCAAGGCUCUUCUACCAUCAGCCAACCUAUGCAGUCCUGGACGAGGCGACGAGUGCGCUGACGGAGGACGUGGAGGGAGACAUGUACCGCAUGUGCAAGCAGCUGGGCAUGACGGUGCUUAGUGUGGGCCACCGCAGCAGCCUGGAGAAGUUCCACGACUCCAUGUUGAAGUUGUACGGCAAGGGACGGUGGGAAUUGCAGACUCUGUUCCAUGACCCCAGGUGAUGGCAGUCUCCUGCUGGAUGUUGUGCGGUCAGUUAAUUGCUGACCGAGACCAAUGGACUCAUGUUUACGGAUCAAAUUUGCCUUGUUUUUAAGAGAGAGAGAGAAAAAAAACAAUCGCGUACAUUGAAGAUUUACAUGUUGUGUGUAUGUCAGUAUGAUUGCUGAUCAAGACUAAUGGACUUGUAUUUACGAAUCAAAAUUGCCUUGUUUUUAAGAGAGAGAAAAAACUAUUGUUUGCAUUGAAGACAUAUGUGUCAUAUGUAUGUAUGUAUGUUGAACUUCGUGUGCACUGUACAUAGCCAACCGAGCUAAUCGGAGGUGCAGGGAAGGACAACAAACUAAACACAAAAGCAACAUUUUGUGUAAAUAGAACAGUACAACAAUUCAUUUUGUUACAUUGUUAAUGUUGAGUGAGUGCACAUUUUUGGUUAAAUAUUCAGUAUAUGUAAUCAAAUGUAACUUGACAUUUUUUACAUGGAAGUCUGCUGGAAAAGUGUAUUUAUUUUCCAGAAGUUCUAAAAUGCACUUGCAAUACUAAAGAUUUUAUAGAUGAGCGAGUGAUGUUUGGGUGCGUACCGCCGGUGGGCAUACAUCACCGUGUGUUUGAUUAUACGAGUGUUGCUUGUGUAGCCUGUGAAUACAUUUGUGCGAUUGAUACAGUACUAUAUUUCUUUAAAGUUUGUAUGCUUGUAGUAUUGUAUUUUGUUGCAAGUGUUUGGACUUUGGUGCUGUAACAGCUGUGAACUGGUUGUAUUGUUAUGCUUGUCACCUAGUUUGUCUCUCACUCAGUAGCCACACUUGCAUAAUAGACCAUGUGAUACAUGGGUAACAAAUGUGGUGCUAUGAGCCAUGUUUCUAUUGCCGUCCAAUGAUGAGACCCUCGUCCAUUAAAUCUUCACAUCCCAACUCGAGCAUUGCCACUGUCUCCUCUACGGCUUCACAAAAUCCCUCUCCUCCAAGAUCCAGAUUAUCCAAAACGCAGCUGCCAAUCUCAUCACUCAAACCCGUAAAUGAAACCCCAUUGACCGAAUACUCCCAAUCGCUCUGUUGGCUCCCAUUCCAUGCUGAUCGAUUUAAGAUCGCAGUCUUCAAAGUCCACCUUGGACUUGCUCCUGCCCUCCUCUUCCCUCUCAUCUCACUCUUCUCCUCUCCAUGUUCCAGCAACCGAUGUUUCCUAUCGAAGCCCCCAGUCAACCUUCACUCAGUGGGAGAUCACCCAUUCUUCUCUGCCCCCCUUAGUCUCGAACUGCCUUCCUCCUGCCAUCCGUGCUGUGGAAUCCCUGUCAAUCCAGGCUCAACACCAUCCUUUUUUGAUCUGCCUAUGAGUGACUGCCUCUUUUAAAUAAAUAUGCCCACUGUUUCUGGGCAGCAUUCUUCGGUCUAUGUUGCAUUGAUAAUCUUGCUGCAUGGGUGUCAUGUUUACAACUGGAUAUGCCAUCAGGUGCUGCUGUAUCCAGAAGUGUAUCCUGCUAUCUUUUCAUACCUUGUAACAUUACACUAUCUAAAGGUCAGAACAGAACAUAUUUUGUCUCUAUUCAGUCAAUGAACAGCACCUGUGCAUGGCUUUACACCAAAUCUAACUCUGUAUAUGUUGAGAACAUCAUCAGGCAUGAAGAUGAGUGCAGACUUGAAACAAAUAGGAGCAAUAAUAACUCACGCAACAGUGAUUUUAAGAAAUCUAAAGGUGCAGUGUGGUGAUGUGACAUACAAGGCGUAAUGGGAGUAGUGAUCCACCUUUUCCUGCCUGGAAAUUUUAUUUUACGCGUAUUAUUAGCUGUAUGCAUUGUUUUAUGUUUGACUUGCGGUAUGUCUGGCUGGGAUGAAAACUAUUGUGUUAUACUGUGAACACAUUUAAGUGUGCUGGUGUACCUCAUCGCUGUGUCUCACCGCUGUAUCAGAGGGACAUUCUGUGAUGGGGCUUAUGUGUCUGUGUAGCAAUAGUGUAGCGGUUAGCGCGCUGUGCUACGAAAACUGGCGACCCAAGUUCAAUUUCCACUCGUGGCCAAUACCAGUGCCAAUUAUCUGAACUGAGUACCUGUUACGGUGCAUAAACAAUCGCCACUCGGGAGACAACAUCAGCUGGGCGUGUUGCUGGCCACCCAACCCACUCGUGUGCCAUGCCCAUCUUCAUAGGUGCUCACUAACACCACUUGCCCAAAAGUCUGUUCAGGUUAUUCGAGGUAGAUCUUUUUCUUCGUCUUUUCAUAGUGAUUCGAAGUGCAAAGUCAGAUUUUAUGUUUGAAACUUUCAAAGUUGGAACGUGUCUCACAGCUUCUCAGUCACGUUCAUUAAAAUAUAUCUUGAUCGGUUUGUGGUUUCAGUAAUCCAGUAUACUCCUACCAACAAGU